GAUCGCGUUCGACAAUUAAAUCCCAAGCUUUUUGGUCGCGCGAGUGCACAGUAACGCUCGUUUGCAACAUUGUUGCGCUUGUUUACUCUUUCUCUUUUCCGUUGUCGAUUGUUUACUUUCUUUGCCCCUUUCCGUUUUUUUUUUUUUUUUUUUCUUUUUCGUUGAUAAGACUUUCGAAAUGGUCGGAAACAGAUCGCCCGUGAGGAAACACGUUGUUGUCCGUUUGCGCGCAACGAUACGCAAUAAAUGAUUUGCGAUCUGUUUGAUUCAAGUCGCACAUUUAUGCAUUUUUGUUGCUCGCGCUUGAUGACACUAAGUGUAAUGUUACAUUCUUCUGAAGUUGUAACUGGAUUAUGCACCAGCUUUCAUCAAGCAUCCUCACCGUUUUUCAGUUUGCCAAUGAUACAAAAUGCCACCCAAGCAGAGGAAAAUAGCUAUUAUGGGUUAUAGAUCCGUAGGUAAAUCAUCCCUUAGUAUACAGUUUGUGGAAGGACAGUUUGUGGAUUCCUAUGACCCUACAAUAGAAAAUACAUUCACAAAAAGUACACGAGUAAAUAGUCAAGAUUAUGAACUCAAACUAGUAGACACAGCUGGUCAGGACGAAUAUAGCAUAUUUCCUACUCAGUAUUCAAUGGACAUUCAUGGCUAUGUCCUGGUGUAUAGCAUAACCAGCGCUAAGAGUUUUGAGAUUGUACAAAUUAUUUAUGACAAACUACUCGACAUCACUGGGAAGCUUCAUGUUCCAAUCGUACUAGUAGGUAACAAAACGGAUCUGUAUGUAGAUCGUAUGAUUACAACAGAUCAAGGAAAGCGUUUAGCAAAUUCCUGGAACGCUGCGUUUCUAGAAACCAGUGCAAAACAAAAUGAGUCUGUUGCAGAUAUUUUUCACACGUUACUAAUGGAGAUCGAGAAAGCCAACGGAAAUGUACAAGAAAAGCCGAAUUGCAUUAUUUGUUGAGUUGCUUGAAGUAAUGGUGUUAAAAAAAACGAAAAUGUAAAUGUGUAAAACUGGGUAAAACUCAUUGGCAUUAUACUCUGAUACCUUUACAAAACCUGCUGACCUAAAUACAAAAGUGUCAAAAGCGUAAAAAAAAGAGAGGUGUAUGUAAACUGACGACAUUUUUAUUUCUCUCGCCAUAGGAUACAUUUAUCAACUUGAUUAUCAUAUCGAUUACGAUAUCAACUUGAUUACGUAUAUAUGCACGUAACAUAACAAUGAAUAUUAUUUAUAUAUUAUCUUUGAAAUAUGUGGUUAUUAUUCUCACAUAAUAAUGACUAUUUACGUUCCGUUCUCUCAGUAAUGUAAUUACAAUGACGAUCCAACAUAUUUUAAUUUAUAUAUUUAGUUUGUUUAUUUUUAAGUUCUUUAAAGAUUUAGAAUGUAUUAUUAUUAACUUUG